AUGAUCUUGAAAGAAGGUCUUGUGAGGAUAGUUCUGAAGUUGCAUGCUCUCGCAAGCCGCUGUGGUGAGAAUCUGAAUGCGCUGUUGCGAAAUACCCGCCACAACGAGUCAUCCAACCCGACCACCUGGGCAGGGUGCAACCCCAACCUCUUCGUCAAGAAGCAACAUUCAGCAUUGAUUCUCCUUGACUCAGAUUCCCGCACUCACUCUUCUCUCUCUGAAGACAAAGCGACCCAAAACUUGCUCCGCGCGCCAAUUGCACCAGUCGCAACCAGUCUCGUGAACAAGCGCUCCCUCCUCCCCCCGGCACGUGCCCGGGUUGUUCGACAACCGUGCCGUGAUCCGGGGACGGAGCGGGACGAGCCAGCCACAGGUCUUGCCAGUUUUCGUCUGAGCGAUGCAGGAGUGGCUGAGCAGCAGCAGGCGCGUCAAAUUGAGCAGGAUGGCGAAACGCACAGAGUCUCGACCAGCGUUUUUGCCUUGCGACUUUGGUCUCUACGUCCAUACUCGUUUUAUGCGCUGGUGCUUCCUCAAGUUAGGGCCGAGAUAGGAGAGCGAAGCGCGAGAGCGAGAACACCGCGCGUGGCGAGUGAGGCGGUGCUCUCCGCUGCAUCCUCUCAGCGUGACGUCGCUGCAAGUGAUAACUUUGAGAGCUGCAAGAGCCAUCCAAUCACUGGCACGGCAGCACUCAAGGUUGAGAGUGGAGCUCAGGAUGGUAGCACCCAUGAAACAUACCAGGGCCCCCCAUUCAUCAGAUGA